UAUAAAAUUCUGAGGGUAUUGGUGGUGGAAUUUUUUAUCCGAGUAUGGUGGUGGGAGAAGGGAAGGGAAUGAGAACGGUUGAAUAUUUAAAUAGAUUCACGUGCAUUUGUCAACCUGUGUUUGUCGGUCAAUCUUUAUACCCACAAAGGCAAAGGGAAGAAGAAGAACCGAGAACAGCACAAAUAAAAAGCCCAGUGUUCCUCUUCUUGUUGCCUCCUCUUUUAAGAACAAACACAACAAGAAGAAAGAAGAGGGUAUUUCUGCAGCACCACCACCAUCAACUACCGAAUGUGCUCUUUCUCCUUUCUCCUUUCAACAAACAACAACCACCACCACCCUCUGUCGCCACAUAUUUAACAACAAUUACUACAACUUGACUAAACAAAACUGUUUUUCUUUUUUUCUUUUUUUUUUUACCAUGGAACUGGCUUUGAGUUUGGGAGACACGUCCAAGUCUUUUACCUUUCUCGACAAGGCCGCGGUGAAUUUACCCACCAACAAGGACCCACCUGGGUUGUUCAGCUUGGCGCCGAGUUUCGCCGCCACCGCCGCCGCCGCCGAUAAAAGAAGCGAUGCUGCUGAGAGGAGGGGUUUUUCUUCAGAUCCACCGGUUCAGCUCGACCUUCUUCCUUUCUCUCCGGUUCUCAGACCCCAACAACAACCUCCCUCUCAACUUCGGAUCCCUUGGCUCACCGAAGCAUGCGGGGCAGCGAGGGUGCUAGACGUGAACCUAUUCCGGGCGGCGACCGCGGAGGAUGGCGACGACGGCACGUCGUUGUCGUCGUCGCCAAACAGCGCGGUGUCGCCGUUUCAGAUGGAUUUCUGCACCAGGAACUGUAAUGCAGAGUUCGGAGGCAGAAACAAGAGAGAGCAGCAAGAGGCUGAGGGUAGAGCGAGUGAUGACGAUGAAAAUGGCUCCACGAGGAAGAAACUCAGGCUCUCUAAGGAACAAUCAGCUUUUCUUGAAGAAAGUUUCAAAGAACACACCACUCUCAAUCCCAAGCAAAAACUUGCUUUGGCAAAACAGUUAAAUCUUCGUCCUCGUCAAGUGGAGGUUUGGUUUCAGAACAGAAGGGCAAGGACAAAGUUGAAGCAAACAGAAGUGGAUUGUGAGUAUUUGAAGAGAUGCUGUGAGACCCUAACGGAAGAGAAUAGAAGGUUGCAGAAGGAGCUUCAAGAACUCAGAGCCCUAAAAACUUCACAACCUUUCUACAUGCAACUUCCAGCCACCACACUCACCAUGUGUCCCUCUUGUGAAAGGGUUGCCACAAAUUCCACCACAACUAACCAAACUACCACCGUUAACAACAAUGCUUCUCAAAUCCCAGUGGAAUUGUCUCUCAGCAAGCCCAGAAUAUUGCCCUUCCCCAAUGGACAGGCCCAAGCUCAUCAAAUAGCUUCUUCAUGAUUUGUCAUCAGAAGACAUUUUUUUUGGCUGGUUUUUUAAUUACAUAUGAUAUAAUGUAACCUUAUAUUAUAGUUAUAUCAUAGAGGAUAAAGACAAAGGAAUUCCGGUUCCCCUAUUUAUAUCGUUUGUAUAUAAUUUAGACUUUUCUUGUAUGUUCUUUCAUUCAAUCUGUUUUUUUUUCUCUUACUUUGGGUUGAAAGAAUUAUUAUGAUUGAUCCUUUUUGUCGAUCGGUUAGAAUGCACCAAACUUUGUGGUGAAAUUGUGAAAUGAAAGGCUUUUUCAGGUUUUUGUA